ACGUCAAUUUAAGGCGUCUGUCCCACCCCUGAUAUGUAGGUACCUAGUGUACCUACUACAUUUAUCACAGAACAUUAAAAUAAUAAUACGUACGAAAUUAUUUCUAAAUGGAUAAACACAGGGAUGCGUUGAAAAUAUCUAUUGAGAUGUCGUUAAAAGUAAUACAACACCAUAGGUGGUUGAUGGAUUUGUAUGUUGUGGAUUUUUUCACAGAAAAUCAUUGGGAGCUUUUGCCUUUAGCAUGGCGAGAAUGUUUCUGUGAUAUAGACCCACAAACCCUUGGAUACAUAAUAAGGGAUCUCCCCACAAAUCAUAUUCUGCCGCUAUCAUUUUUAGCACUCAUGAAAGUGAUUAAAUCAUUAAGUUUUCCUAGGCAAAGCGUCAAUAGAGUUGAAUCUAAUGAAAAGCAAAGUGUCAUUGGAUCACAUCCUAAGCUAAAAAAUUUGUUUUUAAAACAUGUUAAACUAAAAAAACGUCAUGAGAUCAGUUUGAUGGCAAAUGUGGUACAUUCUGUUGCUGUUGAGAGUUGCUGUGAUGCUGUAAUAGAUUUUGGUUCUGGUCUUGGACAUUUAGUGAGAAUGCUUUCAUAUAAGUAUGAUUUACAUACUGUUGGAAUUGAAGGACAAAACCAACUGACGGAUGAAGCUAGAAAACUGGACUCAGAAUUAGAAUAUACUGCACAAAAGUAUGUUGAUGCUGAAACAAUGAGAAAACUAAAUAGACCUAUACACUGCAACAAAACACUAAAUUCUCCAAGUCAGUUAGAAAAAUUAUCUUUUUCAAUUUCAAACCACGGCCUGAUUGGUUUACAUCCGUGUGGAGACUUGGGACCUUUAUUGUUAAAAUACUUUGUUAGUUGUGAAAGAUCAAAGUUUAUUUGCCUUGUUGGUUGUUGUUACAUGAAGCUAACCUGUGAAAAUGGUAUCGGAUAUCCAAUGAGUAAAUAUUUACAGAGCCUUGAUUACACUUUGUCAUAUCCCAGCAGAGAAAUUGCAUGUCAUGCAAUCGAGGUUUAUUGUGAAAAAUUGUGUAAAGGGGAUUACAAUGAUUUGAAGGUACAUGCCUUCAGGGCUGCUCUAGAACGAAUUUUGGUAGCACACAACCCCAAGCUUCGUCACUCACCCAUCAGAAGUGUAAAACAUACAGAAAAUAUGACAUUCGAGAACUACUGCAAAAUAGCAUUGGAGCGUAUGUCGUUGCCAGGCAUGGACACUUCACAGGCGGAAGCGGAUCUGUCGCAAUGGAAGCGAGUGAUCAUCGUCUACACGCUCCGCUUGUUGCUUGCGCCGCUCGUUGAGACACUCAUAUUGUUGGAUAGGCUCUAUUACUUGACAGAACACGGUAUUUACUGUGAAAUACAUCCUGUUUUUGAUCCAAGGGUAUCACCUCGCAACCAUGUCAUCAUUGGACGGAAGAUUUGAUUUGUUAUAAGUUAUUAAUUGUGAGCUUGUCAUGACAUUGAUAAUUAUAUUGUUGUUAACUCUUA